GGUGAUCCAGGCCUUCCCGGCGAGGAACGGAGGGCACUACCGCGGAAGCGGGACAUGGCCGGCAUGAUCGGGCUGGCGUGGGGCCCGAGCUUUACGCCGGAAAUCAACCAAGCUUCCGUCGCCGGGGCGGGCCUGUGGCCGGUGGACAGGAAGCGGGCACUCAGCCGGCUGCUGCGCCCGAAGAGGAAGGUGACGGAAACCGACCGCCCUCCCCUGGAGGACGUCCCCAUCGCCGUGACCAACGAACGUCUGGAGGAGUUGAUCGGCGACCGCGGCGUUCGCGCGCUCAGAGCAAAAGGCCACACCAUCACGGGACUUCGCGUGAGCACCGUGGUCCUCGGCAACUUCCUGCCCAACAAAAACAAACGUCCCAAGGGCCCGCCCAAGCGGGCGAACUUGGGCCGUCCAGAGGGAAACCUCCUCUCUGCGCCGGAGUGGGUGGCGGAGCAGGAGAAG